AGGAUACACAAGGGAAGUGGCUGUCGCCGAGUAGGAGUCUCCGCUGCCGUCGAGCUGCGGAACCUCCGGGACCCUCCGCGCCGUCAACCACUCCCCGCGCCAUGCCGUCGGAGAAGACCUUCAAGCAGCGCCGCACCUUCGAACAGAGAGUAGAAGAUGUCCGGCUCAUCCGUGAGCAGCACCCUACCAAAAUCCCGGUGAUAAUAGAGCGAUAUAAGGGUGAGAAGCAGCUCCCCGUCCUGGAUAAAACCAAGUUUCUCGUACCUGAUCAUGUCAACAUGAGUGAACUUAUCAAGAUAAUUAGAAGGCGCUUACAGCUCAGCGCUAACCAAGCCUUCUUCCUCCUGGUGAACGGACACAGCAUGGUGAGCGUCUCCACACCCAUCUCCGAGGUGUAUGAGAGCGAGAAAGAUGAAGACGGGUUCCUGUACAUGGUGUAUGCCUCCCAGGAAACAUUCGGGAUGAGACUGGCAGUGUAAGGCCAGAAAAAUAAGUCGAUUCUAGAACUUUUUAUACCCUUACCAAGGAAAAAAAGGGAUGUUACCAACUGAAAUUGAUCAGUUCACCUAAUCACAGAUCAUUAAAACAGUAGUUUCCCCACCUCCUAGUUUUAGGAAGUUGUUUUUGUAAAACUGAGCUCCAAGUGAGCACAUUCAGGCUUCAGAAAACUAUGUCACUUAACCUAGUCUAUCUUGUUUUCAAAUCUUAGAAGUUUAAAAAUAAAAUACUUUGCAUUCUAAAUUGCCAAAAAAAAAAAAAAAAACCCUGCAAGUUAUUUUAAUGCUCCUCCCCCUCCCCCCAUAGGAACUUUCAAUUUGAGCAAUAAUUCAAAGGCGUUCAGAGACACUGAGUUUUCUCUUUAGAAUCCCAGAACCUGCUACCUUUUUUACAGAAAGGUUUCUACUCAACUCUUGAAAUCUUCCUAGAGGAUCUUUAGGCCUAAUUUGUCAACCAUAGUCCCCCCAAAACACAUUUACUGUAAUAGUUGGCACCAAAACAGCGUAAGUAGGAUGGCAAGAAAACACCUGCUCAGGGUUCCUGAUUCCUUAGCAGAAGCGUACCACAAGUCCACAUUCCUUGGACAGCUGAGAAAACCGCUCAGUAGCAACCAGAAUAAUUUAUAAUUUUGAUCUAGUUUUUUAGCAGGCCCCAGAGAAAGAGUGGUAUGUCUCCUUUUGGAUUUUCUCUUAAGAGCUCAAACUAGUGCUGAGUUGGUAAAUAAACAAGUGGUUGUACCAGCGUCAUCUUUUAGGGCAGUGGCAGAAACUACAGAAUAAGAAAAUUGAAAGCAUUAAAACUCAGAGGGACUCCUGCCUUUUUGCUUUAAAGCUGUAGGUGAUCUAUAUUUUUUAUGUUGAAGGUAUAACUAUGAUGUUAUUAAAAGGUUUUCAUAUUUUUAAAAGUAGUUCAGUUAUCAUUUAGGUCAAACCACCAUCAGAAUUCUCCCACUGUAAGUGCAUGUUGGCUGUGGAGAACACACAGCAAGAAGAAACGCGUGCUCCGUAAACACAUCUACAGGGAUGUCGCCAUCGUCCAGGUCCAGCCUGGGUGGCCAGUGCUUCUUGUACCUGCACGGGCUUCGCUGUUCACUGCUUUCUUUGGAGUAUCAUGGGAAGAUCACGGUGAUGCCACCGAGACAUGUAGCAGGCCACAGCUCACCCCUGUGUGUGGAAUACCUGUGUCUGUUAACUUACUGUAACGGAGGGAAAAGCCAGAGUCCUCACCUGCACCUUCAACUGGUCUUUAAAGGGGUUCCCAUCACCUGCCGCCCCCCAUGUGCAUGUGUCCACUUGGCUCACUUCCAGUAUCUGUAUCUUAUAUCCUGUGAGUUCUCAGCAGGCUUGUCUUUGGAUUGUAUACAUUCUAUCUUACAUUCUUGUAACUAUUGUGUGAUCUGUAAAAUUUCUAUAAGAAAUACUGCUUUAAAAAAAUGCCACAUGAGGGGGGUGUAUGUGUGUGACCUGUAUCCCACUUUAGCAGGUGGUCACUUUAUAGGAUCUUAAUAAGUACAUUUUUAAUGAACUGAGGUGAAUAAAGGCACAAUUAAAAACUCA